AGAGAGAGAGAGAGAGAGGGAUAAUGUACGUUUUGGCGUACGGAGAGAGUUAGGAGUUCCCCACUCUCAAUGCUUUUGGGAUUACGAUUCGUAAGACACGUAUACGUGUUGCCAUUGUUAUAUAGCAAUUAAUUCAGACAUUGAGAGACCGAUGUUACUCUCUCACUAUCCGGCAAAUCCCGGCCCAAAGCAAUUGAUCAAUUGCUUGAAGAGAUUUUUUUAAAAUAUGUCAUGUGAUGAUUAUGUAUUUUAUUAUUAUGGUGGUCUAUAUACAUGAUUAUACUUGUGAGAUUUGUUUCAUAAUGUCUUUAAUGGAGCGAGUUGUGCUUGACUAACUAGUGAAUAUGGGAAUGAGUUAUGAAUAAACUUUUUAUGCUAAGUCUGAUGGUUGGUUAUGCUUAAAAUAUAUGAAUUGUGAUCAUUGAGACUAGUGGGUGUAAUUGUUUUAAUUUAUGCAUUUUGUCCUUUUAUUAUUUAAAUUGAUGCAAUUGUUUCCAAUUAAGAGAAAUAUGCUCAAUCUAAUGCUGAUUAUAUUGGUUGUGAGAGAAUUCAAUUGUAUAGUUAAACUGUGACUGGUGAGUUGUGAAUGGUGUUUGAGAGAUGCUUACAUUGUGUAUAUGACUGCUCUAAGUGAAUUGAAUUGUGGUGCAAAACAGGAUGUGUAUGGAAGUGCGAUUAAUUGGUGUGUGAGUGCUAGAUUGAAAUAUGCUUUAAGUGUAUUUAUUAAGUGACUUGUGGAUUCUGAGUUUCUGAUUUUAAACAAGUAACUUGCUGGAUAUUUGAACUAAUAAUUGUUUCAUAAGUUCCUUAAUGAAUUGGCCAAGCUAUAUGCUAAUUACUGGUGUAAAAUGUGAAAAUUUAAAUUUCUAGGCAUAGACAUAUGAGUUGUUUUGUGAGUACGUUAGCAUGUGGAGUGUGUAGGAGAUGUAACGAUUGAAUCUGUGAUUGUAUUUCUGCCUUAGGUGUUAUGGAAAUCAAGUAAACUACACUCUUGAUCUAUAAGUAGUUGGAAAGAAUUUAGAAGUAAAUGAAUGACUUGAAACAUUUAAUGCUAUAUGCUGGAAUUGUGAGACAGCAUCACCCUGUGUUAUGGUUUAAACAGUAUUUGCUACAGGUGUUUGUUUUUAUGCCCUUUGGUAGUGUUGUAGAUUUGUUUGCCUUCUUUAUAAUGCUUUUGAAUUUUGUAUAGUUUUUAGUGAUUGCUUUACACUGCAUACUCCAUGUUGAUUUUGAUUUUGUGUAGCUGUGAGAUAAAAAUAAUAAACUUCAUUGUUUGGCAUGGAUUGAUGCUUGUUAUGUAUUUUUAGUGAAAAAUAGACUUGAUAAGGAUCUUGUAGGAUUUGGGAUAAGUGGAUUUGCAUUUUUAGAGAAUUGAUUAUGAAUUUUAUAAAAUGAGUGUGGGAUGGAAUAGAAUUCUGCAGUUUUUUCUUCUUGGAGUUGUAAUGAGACUUGAUUUGAGGAAGUUGUGGUAGUUGAAAAAUUAUAGGAAAUAUUCCAGUUCUUUCUUGAUACUCUGGGAGGUUCUCUGUAAAUUCUUAGCCCUAAUAAUUUUUUGUUUUUGAGAUUUUUCACACCCAACUGUCUUUUAUUGGUCUAAAUUGUUUUCAAGCUAAUGUAUGGUUCUUAUGUGCAACUUUUGGUUUUAGAAAAUCUUAUACUUAGUUUCUUCAAUAGUACCUAUCUACAUCUAUAUCUAGAUUUAUAUGAACUUAUAAUCAUAUUAUUUGGUAUAAUUUAAAUUCAAAAUCCUUUACUUUUAAAAUUCAUAUAUAAUGUUUUAACUAGUCCUAAACACUUCUUCUUUUGAAGGCUUAUGAUUUUGUUUUAUGGGUGAGAAAAAGGCUUGUCAAAUGAAAAGCGGGCGAGUGUUUUCUGAAAAAUUUAUUCCAUCCGGCUCAUCUCUAAUAUCAAGAGAAAGAAAUUGAAAUAAGUCAUGCAUCAUGGGAUCCCAGGACUUAGUGUCCAUUGCUAGGCUUAGUGCCACCCAAAUUUGGUGAUAUCUCUGGCUUAGUGUCAUUCCAAGUUUUUGGGUUAUUUCAUGGCUUAGUGCCAAGGGUGCCUUAUAAAUACUAUUUGGUACUCCAUGCUUGACAUCAUAAAUGGAAGAGUAGUAAUUAAUUAACAUUGGAACAAGCAUCACACUCAUAUAGGAUGAUUAACUUUGUGGGUUAGGUGAUUGUUUGGUAUAUGUGGAUUGUAAUGAUUUCAGACUGUGUGAUGACCAGUGUAAGUACAAAUACUUUGAUUGAGAUAUGUGUUUCUGCCUGAUAUUGACUGUUAGCACACUUGCUUGUUAUAUAUAAAGGAUAUUUUGUUAGUCAUAAAGUAUGGUGUGCAACUCAAUAGGUGUAUAUAUGUGUUAGAGAACUUAGGUGUUAUCUGUGUGUUUACUUUCUCGUACUUGACUACAAAGCCUUACUCAUCCUUGUAUAUUUUUCUAGGUUUUGCUUGAUUUUAAGCAGUGAACAAGCAAGAACGAUCACAGGAGGGCCACAGUGGGAAGGCAGAUGGCUGUUAGACACAACUACCGAGGGUUCUGUGUUGUUAUAUGUUUUGCUUGUGCUUUGUUUUGUAUAGUCUAUUUGUGGGAGCUUGAUGUCCUAGACUUAUCCCCUAUUCCCCUUCUUGUUGGAACAAAUAAAGUUCUCACACACACUCACACUAUGCACUCACUCACUCUAUGUUAGAGAAUAAGAGAAGAUGAAAAAAUUGAUUGAGAAAAUAGAGGAAACUUAGAAUUCUGAAUUAAAACUUCUGCACUCUCAUACUUCUCAUUCAUGAUCACUACUAUUUUUAUACACACUGUACAUGUAGCUAUAACAACCUUCAUAGCUAUCAAACUAACUAACUCCUAACUAACUAACUGAAUUAAAACAUACAUCAACACUUCCUUGUUGUAAAUAUUUGUGACUUGUUAUAGCGGGUAUUCACAUCCCUUCUUCUUCUAUUUUUGAAAAACUUAUAUAUCCCAAAUUUGUAUAAUUGAUGUUCUUGGUACCCGCAAAUAGUGAAAUGUUAUCAUAUUCUCUAUUAUAAUGGAUAUAUCCUACCCUAUAUGAUCUUAAAUCAGGUAUCCAAGAUUUUGAGUGAUCUAAAGGCUUUGGCCUUCUACUAGCCUUAUUAUGAUAGUAUAAAUUGUUAUCAACUACUAGAUAUACUUGAACCAUUAUUUAUAUUCUGCAGUUUAAAUUACUCAAAUUCUUAUGUGUCCAAAUUUAAUUCACCGGUUAUUCUUUUAAAAUAAGAAGUUCCUUGUUCAAAAAAAAAUUUAAUUAAUGUCAUGUCCAAAUCACAAACAAUUCCUAUCUUUUUAUCACCUUGAGGACUCCCCCACUACUAUCGUGGAACAAUUUAAAAAGUUUACACAUUAUUUACCACAAGAAAAUUUUAUUCUCACUUUAAAAUGCAAUCUUAAUUUCAAUCUUAAUGGAAUAAAGAGUGAUAUAUCUUGAUAUUGAUAUACCCCGGAACAAUAUUGAUAGUGAACCACAUAUAUUAGGGAAAUUUGCACUGGGUUGUAUUGUAAUAGUGAUUUUUCAAACCUUGUUUAGUAUGCUUGCUGUGUAAUUUGAUUUUCACGUUCUUUGUUUUCUCAGGCCUCAAAGAUCUAGCCGAUUUUCUUCCAGCUUCUUUGGUUACCAUUGCAAGCUACUUUUCAGCUGAAGAUACGCGGGACAUAUGGAAGCCAGCUUUUAUGGAUGGAACUGACUGGAUUAGCCCUGCUGCAAAUUUAGCUCUUGUUGAGCAACAGAUAAAGAAAAUCUUAGCAGCCACAGGUGUCGAUGUCCCAAGCCUUGAUAUAGAUGGGAAUUCUCCAGCUACACUUCCUUUGCCUUUGGCAGCUUUUGUAAGCCUCACAAUUACAUAUAAACUUGACAAAGCCACUGAACGAUUCCUUGCACUGAUUGCCCCUGCUGGGAGUGCCCUUGCUUCUGGUUGUUCCUGGCCCUCCUUGCCCAUUGUGACGUCUUUGUGGAUCCAGAUGGUGAAGCGUUGGAGUAACUACUUCGUGCUCUCUGCUUCCAGCACUGUUUUCCACCACAACAAGGAUGCUAUAGUUCAACUACUUAAAAGUUGCUUCACAUCCACCCUUGGGCUAGGCUAUGGCAGCAUUUAUAAUAACAGUGGUGCCAGUGCCCUCCUCGGUGUACCGGUCUAUUGGAGAUAUCACGUUAUUGAUUGAAGAAAUUGUGCCUAUUUUAAUGCUUUCAGUUACAGACAUUGCAAGUAGUGAUUUGAUGCCCAAGAGAGUUGUAAGAAAACCAAGUUUGGGAACAAAUAAGUUUCUCUUGGUGGCCUUAAAGCAAGGGUUUGGGCUGCCUUACCCUUGGGUCGGCCCUGAGCUUGAUGGUGGGUCGAGCUCCAUCAUGGGUCCGGGUAAAUGAGUAAUUGUUCGGGUAAAAAAAGCAGAGAACUUGUUCACGGGUUUGCCAUGGUAGCAAGGUGGGGUUCAAGGUGAUGUUACGGUUGCAAACAUGGAUAUUGUGGAGGUGCCCGGAGAUGGCGACAGAUGACGAUGGUUGUAACUUGUAGUGUUAUUUUUUUAACAUCUGAAAUUCUGACUUCCAAGCUGCUAGAUUCUUGAAGUCUUCAAUUUUCUUUUUUGUCUAUCAACAUAUAUCUUGGCUCCAAAUGUUUGGGGCACAUUAACAAGGAACUCUUCCUAAAUGAGGAUGUUGUCGGUGCAUCCGGAUGCUUCCAUCUAUAAAUAUAAAUAGUGAAAUGCUUCUUAGUUCCA